AUGAUGUUUACCAUACUUGUACUGUUUUUUAUGUCAAUAUCCCAAGUCAGGACGGCUUCCUUGUUAACUGGUACAAACGAUCAGAACUCUACGGCUUUGAUCAGCGACAGACGGGACAUCAAGGAAAUUGACGUUCUCCGGCAGAUCAUCAACCAAGAGACUCUAAUCCGGGUAGCAGUGGUCAGGGAUGUUAAGGAAGUAGUGGAUGACGUCAGUUUUUUGAAAAUAAGCUUGACGUCUACAGAAAAUAUGGUCUCCUCCCAACAACAGGCUUUCAAUACACUGAAGCGGCAGGUCAAUUCUUUAACACAGGACAAGACUUUAGAGGUGAAAACAGAAACAUUACAGAUAGAAGUUGAAACUCUUACUAACCAGAACCAGAUUUUGACACAGAGGCUAGAAAAUUUGGAAAGAAAGAUUGAUACUCUAAUUAAGGAUACCGAUUUACAGCAAAGAGUAGAUAAGUUGAAAAAUGAGGUUGGUUCUUUGAGUCGGGAACAGAGAAGCGAAUACCAAAAGAUUACAGUGGAUUGCGAGAACAAGAUUCAAGAAACCGAACAGAAGCUUAAUAGAAACAUCGCCGAAAUUUACGAACUCUUAAAUAACAGAACAUUGCAAACCGUUACGAAAGAUUCCAAAAUAAACAGGGAUUGUAAGGAUCAUUUUCUACAAGGCCAUACACAGUCUGGUGUAUACAGUAUAAACCCCUUCGGAAAAGAAAACCACGUGGAUGUAUACUGUGAUAUGGCGAUAGAAGGUGGAGGGUGGACAGCAAUCCAGAAACGUGUGAGUGGAUCUGUGAGUUUCGACAGAACGUGGUCGGAGUACAAGGUUGGAUUUGGUAACGCUAGUGACUCCUACUGGAUUGGAAAUGACGUCAUUCACCAGCUAACUAAGGGAAGAAACUCCUCCCUCUACGUCUCUAUAACAUUACAAGAUGGGACGACUUUAUAUGAACUAUAUCAACAGUUCUCUGUGUCUGACGGAAGGGACAGCUAUAGACUUUAUCUUGGAGGAUCAGCUUCCGGGACGUUAGGAGACAGUAUGUUCAACACCGGGGAUAUUAGGUUUAAUUUGUCUGGGAUGUACUUCUCUACCCCGGACAGAGAUAACGACAGAGCUAGUAUAGGUAACUGUGCUGCUUACAGUGGUCGUAGAGGAGGCUGGUGGUUUAACGCCUGUCACUUCACCUUCCUUAAUGGUCCCUGGAACCCGGCAGACUGGUGGUACCCAUGGUAUCCCACAGUAAGGAAUGGGACAUCAAUAAGGGAGACAAUGAUGUUAAUCAAACGG